CAAAAACCAAAGGCUUGACCCGCGUUGAAAAUGUUGCACAUCCAUCAAUAUAUAUCAGAAGACAUAACUUCACAUCUACAGAAUUUUAAGCGAUAUCUCUAGUCUCAAUGGAAGCAACAUCACAGCAAUUUAUGUCUCAGAGUUACCUUAACGCUCAAGAAACCGCGACAAGGACAACGAAAAAUUACCUAACAUCGCUCCAUUCGACCCGUAAACAACCUUCAAAGCCCUUGAAGAGGCCUGCAAUAUCAUCAUCAUCCCCUUUGAAUCCAAUGCACCCCCAUGUGUACCGAGUCGAGCCAGUAAACUUCAAAGAGUUGGUUCAGAGGCUAACCGGUGCACCUGAGCAUGAGCCUGUGCAGGCUGAACCGCUCAAGAGUUUGGAUGAUGCAGCAAAGCAGAGUUCUUCAUCAUCUGCGUUUGAUCAGUCGUCUUCUUGGGGAGAUUUCUCAUUUCAAAAUCCUCCAAAUCUUUCCAGAUGGUAGCUUAUAACAUUUUAUCUACCUGCUUAACAUUCUUGUAUAUUUUUUUUUUUAAUAAAACAGAAAGAUGUAAUCAUAUAUUUUUCAGACGCAUUUUAGAUUUAAUUUGUUAUGCCAUUUAUAUGUAUACACACAUACUAUGUGGGGGUAAUUUGACACUUUCAAUUAAAAUAAAACAGAAUUAAAUUU